UGCAAGCACUCUUGACUUGAAUUUCGGUCAACAGUUGGACACUUCUAGUAAGAUCCGUGGAUGCAAUCCUGAGGCGGUAGCACGCCGCAAAGCUGGCCUUGACAGACGAGUUGACUCAUCCCGUUCCACUCUUCUAGAUGUACAGCGCUUCUACUGCAUGAAUACGUUUGGCAACAACGGCUGAAUUGACUUGCUAUCCUGGGAAUCUGCAACUUGGCUGAGCUCUCACUGCGUGAGCCGUUCCCAUUACAAUCAAGACUUGUUGAGUCGUCUCAGCGCAGACCAGCAGACCAGUCAGUGAUUGUGACUGGCAAUAUCCGGAGGACUCACUAUAUAUACCCGGUCCCUGGCUUCUCAUUUUCCAACACUUCAGAGCCAGACUUGAUCCUUCGCCUCGCCACUGUCUCCUAAACUGCUCAUCCUUCCGAAAGUACGCAACAUCAACCCUGCCCUCCCAAGCCCCCACGUCUUCUCAAGCUCCCACAGCCUGCAACCAUCUCUUUUAAAAGGGCCUCAAUAUUCAACGUCAGCUCUACGUCACAAUGGCUGGUGCCAUGAAGCUCGCUGCCGCCCCCGCAAUUGCGGCUCUCGUCCUGCUGAUGGCCUCCGGGUUUGCAGCAGCCGUCCCUGACUCAACUCUGUGCCCCUUCGAGCUGGGGUACAACCCCAACUUCAACGCGGAUGGGAGCGCGCUGUUUUGCACCAAAGGCCAGGAGACGUUCCAGGUGGACGAGGCCGGCAUCCUCGCGCGCUCCCUGCGCGGCAUCGGCAACAGCCUCCGGUCGCUGUUGGGCGGAAUUGCGGACGGCGACGCGACGGUCUUCGGACGCUUUGUGGAGCCGGCCGCGUCCAUUGCGCUCCAGGACGGUCCGCACCCCAUCUCGGACACGGCGGCAAUCGCGCAGUUCGUUGCGGACGUCCUGGUGUUCCCCGCUGGGGCGGACAAGUCUGCCCUCUUCCAGAUCUCCCAGUACCACUUUUUGGACAACAACGACCCCCGCGUGGCGAGCGUGCACAUCACGGUGUACACCGCAAAGUACACUCUGAACGCUGACUCGAUCUGGCGCUUCAACCUCGUCAACGGCGCGCGCGUCUGGCAGCUGCAGCAGACUUCCAACCUGGUCCUCGUGCCAGUCUAAACCACCCUGUUUAGACUAAACUACCCAAAAUAGUUGACAUAAUCCUGGUUAGUCGAAGCGGCACGCGAGCUUGCUGGGUGAAGGAACACGUGGCGGAGACAAGGGGGAACGCCUUGGCAGCGCUUUUGAAUCAUUGUUUUGCAGAGAGGCACUUGAUUUCGAGGAGCUUUUCUUAGGAAGCAGGAAUAGUCAUGAAGUAAUCACUUUGUGCUGUUUACAGAUAGAAUUCGUAUUCUAGAUCUGGAGGCUUUCGGCUCUAAUAACUCCAGGGGCGCCCGGAGUUCAAACACGAUUCCCCAUACUAGACAAUUUUGAUGUUUCAGUGGAAGAGGGCUUAUAUAUCCUUAUCAACGCCAUCAUCUAGUG